AUGAGUUCGCAUCAAACUGUAUCUGCCGUACAAGUACGCCGAAAUAUUUCUCAUGCCAAACGUUCUCAAACAAUUGAUCCUGAAUCAAAUGAAGAAAAAUUAAGAAUCGUCGUAUUAGGAGCGACGAAAGUGGGUAAAACAUGUCUUUGUCAACAAUUUCUUUGUCAACAGUUUAUCAAAGAGCAUAAAGAAACAUUAGAUGAAUUACAUAUCAUUGAAUUUGAAUUAACCAAUCGACAUUUAACAUUAGAAAUAUUAGAUACAGCAGGUAUUGAUGAAUUCCCGGUGAUGAGACGUAUUGCCAUUGCCGGCGGUGAUGCCUAUGUUAUCGUUUAUUCAAUUGAAGAUCAAAUGUCCUUUGAUAUUGUGAGACAAAUGCGUGAUUUGAUUAUUGAAGUUAAAGGAAAUUCAAAUUUUCCAUUAAUUAUCGUAGGUAAUAAAAGCGACAAAGAAGAUUCUCGUGUCAUCUGUCGUGAAUAUGCUGAAUCAAUUGUAACUGUUGAUUGGGGAAACACAUUUAUUGAAGCAUGUGCCUAUAACAGAAAUUCGGUAUUGAGCGUAUUUCGAGAAUUAUUGAAAACGGCUAAAAUUGAUAUUACAUUCAGUCCACGUACAGUUAGACGCAGUUCAGAUCCAUCUCUAUCACAUGAUAAAGAGCGACCAAAUAAACGACAAAGUUGUGCUCAACAAUGA